AUGAAGCAUAAUUAACAACUUCCUAAUGCUCACAUGCGUAAACACUGGACACGAUUCGUGAAGACAUUUUACAACCAACCAGCUGCCAAAAGAAGAAGACAACAAAGAAGAUAGGCAAAUGCAUUAAAGGCUUCACCAAGACCUGUUGAAUUACUCAGACCAGUAGUGAGAGGACAAACAAUCAAAUAUAACGGAGUGUAAAAGUUAGGAAGAGGAUUCUCUUUGAUUGAGCUUAAAGAGGCAGGACUCAAUGCUUAAUUUGCUAGAACAGUUGGAAUUGCUGUUGAUCAUAGACGUAGAAACAAUAACUAAGAGGAAUUGGCUGCUAAUGUUAAAAGAAUCAAAGCUUAUUUGUCUAAAUUAGUCCUCUUCCCAAGAGUAGCAGGCAAACCUAAGAAUGGUGUCGUAAAGGAUUCAGGAAAUGAUGUCGUUGCUUAACCAGUUGUUUAGAAUACUAAUCCAGAAGUUAUUACCUUCUAAAGAACACCCAGAAGAGAGAAGGCAACAGUAAUAUCUAAAGAACUCAGAGCUAAGAAUGUUUAUCGUAGACUUAGAUAAGAAUGGUAUAAUGCUAAAUUCGUUGGAGUCAAAGAGAAAAGAAAGAAUGCUAAAGAAUAAAAGAAAUGAUUAGUGUACAAUUGGAUAUAUUAAACAUUUUUAAUUAUUGAAUUUCUUGUAAAUCUAAUAAAUCUAAUUUUGGCAA